AUGUGUUCAAGACUGGGUGGUCGUUUCACUAUAAGACCACAACAUAGUCAGCAGCAAUUACAAAUGCACAGCAGCUUCAAUAGCAACAGUUACAAUAAGUACUGUGUCAGCGACUCAAAUCGCAAUUUUAAUAGUACAACUAGCAACAUUGAUUGCGACAUACAGCAACAGCAGCAGCAGCAGCAUCAACCACUACAAAGAUCAUUACUACAUCGAAAUAGUGGAAAGACACGCCGCACAUCAGCUUCCGUGCGCAUCAAAUCACCUUGUAGUCAACGUAUCACACAAUCUCAAUCAUCUACACAAUCGGUCAACUUUUGGCGGACACAUGGUAAUCCAAAUAUCAUGGACAGAUACACAAAAUUUCAAACUUCAACAUCAACUACAUCGUCCACAUCAGCGCCUAUCACAACUACACCAGCAACACUUGCAGACACAACAUUGCCGGUACUACAUGAAAGUGAUGCCACAAACGCAACAUCAACAACCAAGACAAUUGAUACAACAGUCGUUGCAUCAUCACUGCCUAUAACUACGAUUGAACCCAUAACGACCACAGAACCCACAACAACGCCUACAAUUUUUGUCAGUAACAACGAAAAAGAAACGGAAAAGCAAACCCAAAAAAUUGCAACCACAACAGAAAAUGAAAUAAAAGAGACAACAAUAAAAGCAUUACUUGAUCAUGCAACCCACACGCCUACAGAAUCUGAGACAACUGAACACGCGCCACAUCAAACUUCAGAUGUGGAACAUAUACUCUAUUUAGCCACGACUCAUAAGCCAGCAGAAGAAGUCAUAAAAGAAGAAAAAUCUACAGAAAAUAUUAUAUCUACAACAGUGAAUGAUAUAUUCGCAGAAGAUGAAAAGGAAAAAUCCAUUAAGCCGGUCUUCGUAGUAGGCGCAAACUCAGCACCCACAAAAGCAGAAAAUGAAACUGAGACAAUAGCAACGACAACUACAACCACAACAACUGAAAAAACGCAUGAACAUCAUCCAACCGAAGUUUUACUUAAUCAUAUAUCUAGUAACACUGAUGAAGAUGACAAGGAUUUGAACAAUUUCAGGCACCCUGCAACUCUCAUUACAGCUAGUAACAGUGAUGAAAUGUUAAAAGAAAAUGAAAGUACCGAUAAUGAACAAGAAAAAAUAAAAAGCUUUGAAGUUGAUGGUUUCGUAAAUGCAGAACAUGAGGAUCCUUAUCAUGCGCAUAUAUUAUCGGAAAAUCAUGAUCGUUUAGCAGAGCAUGCAGAUUAUCAAAUGUUGUCUAGCACAGAAGAUGCAAUGGACACAACAAUUUCUAGUACCACGACUACCACAACAGCUGCACCUACUAAGAGCACCGAUAGCUCAGAUAAAAUUGUUAUCAGUGAAGAAAAUAAAGCAACCGCAGUGCCAUUUGUGCCAAUUCAAGAAAAAACUGAAGAUACAUCAUCUACUUCAGGCGAAAAUAAUGAAACACGCGGGCGUUCUAUGAACAUACCAACUCAUGAACAGAACGAAGAAAAUGAAACCAUUGUCACAACAACACCAUCUAGUGGGCCAAUCAUAACAAUAGUGGAAGGUCAGCAUACAAAUCAACAACAUGAACAUGAUAAUAAUGUGGAAACAACUACAACAACUACUGAAAAUCAAAUGCAUGCUUAUAUGCCGAUAUUUGCCGGUGAAGGACGUUCUGUUGGCGGUGGAAUUUCUGCAGAAGAUGAGGAUGCACACUUAAAUUAUCAAUUCAAUUUUGUUACAACGCAACGUAAUAUGAAUGAGGAUGAUAGCAAUAAGGAGAAACAGGAAGUAUUACAAAAAAGUGCUGCUAUUAAGGAUAUAAGUGAUGUAAGCAUGGAUGAUGAUGAACGCAUGGGUAUGGUACACGUACACCAUCACGAAGAGGAGCCACAAGUAAAAAUAACCGAAGUUACAGUUAAUAGUGAAGGUGUUAGCCGCGAAUGUAUGUCUGAUGGUAAAAGCUAUAAGGGAUAUGCUCAGUAUAAAGAAGUAGAUGCGCAUUAA